CGUCAUCUAUGUCGCAGCUUUCGAGUUUCAGCACUGCAGUUCUGCUCGAAUCUCGACAUCAGCUGGUGGUGUUUUGGUUUGAUAAAAGCAUCAGAAAUCUCGUAAGGGUAGUUGAUCCUCGGUUUUGAUUCCGCCGGUUUCCUCUGCCAGUUUCGUUUAUGAUCCGCAAAGUGAUGGGCGAAGUUGACGUGAAGCUCGGCAUCCGGCAAACUUUGGCUGCCAUCGAGGAGGCCCACAGCAAACGUUCCAAGACCAGUAACCUCCCGAAGCCGCUUCUCGUUGCGGUGAGCAAAACCAAACCGAUCGAACUGAUCCUCGAUGGGUACAGCGUCGGGCAGCGGGACUUCGGGGAAAACUACGUGCAGGAGCUGGUCGAAAAGGCGAACGAUCCCCGGAUACUGGACCAGUGCAAGGACAUCCGGUGGCACUUCAUCGGGCACCUGCAGACGAACAAAAUCAAUAAGAUUAUAGGGCUUCCAAAUCUUCACAUGAUCCAGACGGUGCACGAUAUAAAACUGGCAGACAAUUUGAACAAAGCCUGGGAAAAGGUGAAGGCUGUGGAUCCUGAAAACCAAAAGUUGAACGUUUUAGUGCAAAUUAACACCAGUGGAGAGGAUGAAAAAAAUGGAACCCAACCGGCCGAUGCGGUGAACCUAUUCCGGCACGUACUGGAAAAAUGUCCGAACCUGCUGUGCCACGGGAUUAUGACGAUCGGUCGCUUCGGCCACGACUACGGCACCGGCCCGAAUCCGGACUUUAUCGAGCUGAUGAAGUGCCACCAGGACAUCUGCGGAACCUUUGAACGGGAUCCGGCGGAGCUGCAGGUGUCCAUGGGGAUGUCCGACGACUACGUCAAUGCAAUCGAGAUGGGUAGCACAAUUGUACGCGUAGGCAGUUCUAUUUUUGGCGCACGAGCAAAGAAAAACGCAGCAUAGGAAUUUUUCCCGAAGUCCGGUUGUUUUACGACUACAGGCGCACAAAAUCAACCACCUUUCCGCGUCUCUGUACGGUUUGCUGCUGUUCAUCAUUAUUGUUUAGUCAUAUCUUGGCAAAAGGGAAAAUCGACGGCAGAUGUUGUGAACAUUUCUCGGAUUGGCUCACACCCACUUGCGCCCCAAGAAUAAAACCUCCACACGAUCCGAGACACCGACCGGCUAGAAUAGCGAAAAGAGGACUCUGUUAAUUUGUUGUGUUUCUGGUUCAGUUGAUUGGCUAUUUUGAAGUUAUAUCUACACACCUAAAGAUAAUGAUAAUGUUUGAAGAUGAAAGUUAAACUUUGUGGUAAAUAAAAUAGUUUGUUGAAAUAAUUUAAACUUA